UGCCAUUCUUUGCAUCCUUCUCAUCCUUGAAAGACUCGCCAACCAUGGAACACUCACAUCAUAUCAAGAGCGAGCCUCUCUCAGGCCGAGCAUCAGAAUUGGCAAAUUCUUUCCUGUCAGAGCUUACCGAAGAGCUUGCUAACCCAAUGGGAGCCGGCGUGAAGCGCGAAUAUGAUGGGCAUGAAGGAUCAGAUCGUCGAAGUUCUCGCCAUAGGGGAGAGGAUUCUAAGGAUAAAGAGAAGGAGCGGGACCGAGAUAGACAUCGCUCCUCUAGUUCACGGCAUGAGCGCAGUGAUCGUGAUCGAGAAAGAAGUGACAGAGAUAGACAUCGCAGUGAGAGAGAUAAGUCUGAACGCAGUCGUGACGAUCGUGAACGUAGUGAGCGCGACAGGCGUAGUGAGCGGGAAAGAGGUGAUCGCAGUGACCGUGACCGUGAUCGUGAUCGCGAACGUGGUGAGAGAGACCGCAGGGACAGAGACCGUGAGUAUGAACGUUAUGAGAGAGACCGUAGAGAUCGCGACCGCAGCCGUGAUAGAAGACCUGGGAGGGAGAGAGACGAUAGAUAUCGCGAUAGUAGAUACAGCAGCGGUAGAAGAUCGAGUAGAAGCAGGAGUCCACCUCGCGAAAUGUCACCUUUGCUGGAUGAGCACAACAUUCUACCCAUCAACAAGAGGGUGCGUAAGCUCAAGAACUGGGAUGUACCGCCUCCAGGCUAUGAAGACAAGACUGUUCAACAGGUCAAGGACUUGGGGAUCUUCCCUCCACCUGGGCAACCAGCAGUGCUGCGAUCAGAAAUCCUUCAAGGAAUGGAUCCAGAGCGUGCUGCACAACUUGUUCAUGAAUUACCGCCUCGUCCUCUUCGCAUGAACUUCCCUAUGGGCCCACAAGGUGCGAUGGGGGUUAAUCCUUUUGGUAAUAUGGGCUUUGGAUUCCGUAACAACAACAACGCACCCAUGGGCGCAAAUGGAGUUGACCAUACAUUAGCAAGACAGCAGAGGAGGCUUUAUUGUGGCAAUCUUCCUAUGGGCAUUAAUGAGGAAUCAUUGGCUAAUUUUUUCAAUCAGACUAUGAUGAGCAUGAACCUCACCACUGGGGGAGGUGCACCUGUACUAUCCGUUCAUAUUAACUAUGAAAAGAAUUAUGCUUUUGUCGAGUUUCGUACUCCCGAAGAAGCGACAGCGGCCAUGGCAUUUGAUGGAAUUGUAUUCCAGGCACAAUCACUCAAGAUACGCCGACCUAAAGACUACCAGCCUCCGGAGGGUACAAACCAAGAAGUCCCCCAAAUCCACGUGCCUGGAGUCAUUUCAACGAAUGUACCUGAUAGUGAGAACAAGAUUUUCAUCGGAGGGCUUCCACUCUAUUUGAAUGACGAGCAGGUUAUUGAGCUUCUGACUGCAUUUGGAGAAUUGAAGGCAUUUAAUUUGGUAAAAGAGAAUAAUGUUGGAGCAUCCAAGGGUUUUGCAUUCUGUGAAUACCUUGAUCCCAACAUAACGGAUAUCGCCUGUCAGGGGCUCAACAAUAUGAUGUUGGGAGAGAAGAAGCUAGUUGUGCAGCGUGCUAGCGUUGGAUCAUCAAGGAACCAAAACCCGGCUGGUGGCGCUAACGCUAUAGCAUUGCAUCCUAAUCUUAUGCUUCCAGGUGUCGGUCCUACAGAAGUGGUACCAACUAAUGUUUUGCAGUUACUCAAUAUGGUCACACCAGAAGACCUCGAGGAAGAUCAGGAUUAUGAAGAAAUUGUUGAGGACGUUCGUGACGAAUGUGGUAAAUUUGGUCAGGUGAUUGAUAUCAAGAUCCCUCGUCCUGUUGAUGGUCAGCCAGUAUCAGGCGUGGGCAAGAUUUUUGUCAAGUACAACACAGUAGACGAAGCCGCUAUUGCUUCACGCGCGUUGUCUGGACGCAAAUUUGCAGAACGUACAGUUCUGACUUCAUUCUUUGACGUUGAUAAAUUCGCAUCGAACGAGUUUUAGUAUUUUGAAGAUACAAGGAAUCAAUGCUUCAUGCUUUUUCAAAUGCCUUGUACUUUAGACUGCGCUGCGAUCUAAUCAAAUGUAUAACAAUAUCUAGGAGAAAUGCAGUGGAGAAUGAAGAAUUUUUUUUAAAGAAAAGAAACUUAAAGAAAUAAUGUGA